AUGCGACCGCCAAAUUUAUGGCGGAUAUUUGGAUUCUUUCCAUUUCUCACAAUUGGAUCCACUUUUGACAAAAACAACAUCGAGGACUGUGCUCGGGUGCUCGGCGAGAAUCUCCUCGAAACGUUCAAUCUAGCCACCGGCGCUGAGAAGAUACCAACGUAUUACGAUGGCUUCGUUCAAGUCGAGCAGUAUGAUCCGCGAAAAGAGCUGAAAAAGGCGAAGCACACCAUUGAGAAAUAUUUGGCGAGAAGGGCAAAAUUUGCUUAUGAUGCAAAGUUAUCGCUGGAAUCGAGAGAGAUCGGAAAUGGAACUGAUGAUGAUGUAAACAAUCCGGAAUCGAAAAACUUCAUCCGAUACAUGAGCGCAAAGACAGGCGGUGAUGGAGGCGCUCUUUAUCGACACGAUCACUCGUUCAGCAACAAAAUGGCGCUCAACUCGACCAAAAACUUCACCAUGCAAUCGAACGCGAAUUUCUAUUUCUUACGAACUUCAUCAAUUGCUUCAGCUGUUCACAUCCCGACACCAGUCUAUGAUAGAGAUCCGGAGCUCUUGAACAAAAUCGAUUGGUCAAAUAUCGAUCAAGUCUAUCGGAGUAAUCGAGAAGGAACAAGGGAUUUGGCUUUUCAAUUGUUCUGCUCUGAAUCUGGAUUCAUGAGAUAUUUUCCAGCUGCCCCAUGGUUUUGGGAUCACGAGACUGACAAGGACACUCUUGAUCUUUUCGAUUGUCGGAAUAGUGAAUGGUACAUAAAUGGAGCGACUUGUUCAAAGAAUGUGCUCAUCAUGUUGGACAUGAGUGGAUCGAUGCUCGGCCAGAGAUAUGAAAUCGCCAAACAGACCACCGAAGCCAUUCUGGAAACCCUCUCGCACAAUGAUUUCUUCAACAUUCUGCCGUUCUCAAAAGAAGCCAACUUCUUGGACGAAGAGUGCUCACAGCAACACCCGAUGCUUCAAGCGACGAUGAGGAACAAAAAAUAUCUUCGCGGUUUGAUGAACAAUAUUUCAUCCGAGGGGAAAGCCGAAUACGAGAAAGCCCUUGAAAAGGCUUUUGCCACUCUGCUAGGGCUUCCCAGAGACAUCGAAUGGAUGCAUAAAGAUGAAGUGGAAGCAUCAGCCAGAAAUUUCACUCUCGAGGGCAAACAUAUCAUUGAAUGGCCCGAACAUCUACUCAUCGUUUCACACGAAUAUAUCAAUGCUAUGAAUGGCUCAACGAAAUUGGACAAAGAAUAUGGAUGUGAGAGUGUGAUCAUGUUGAUCACCGACGGAUCGCCUGAGGAUUUUCAUAACAAAUUUCGAGAGUACAAUGCUGAAAAAAAGAUCCGAGUUUUCACGUUUUUGAUUGGCGAAGAGGCUCUGGACUUUGAGCAGGUUCGUCAUAUGGCUUGCCAGAACCGAGGCUACAUGGUGCACAUACAAAAUAUGGCCGAUGUUGAAGAAAAGAUACAGAAUUACAUACGAGUGAUGUCACGACCGCUGGGAAUUCAUCAGGACACGAUUGAUGAGACGAGUCAAAUAUGGAGUGGUGUGUAUCGAGAGAGAUUGUAUCUACCUCGCCGUGAGCGUUUCGCCGACCCAAUGCCCGUCACUAAUCAAUCGUUUGCUCAAAUGAACAAAAUGGCUGCAAAAAGGAAAGUGCAAAUCAAACAAGCAGAGGCUCGGGGGAGAAUGUUCGUGACAACGGUCUCCUAUCCGGUCAUUCUCAACCGGACAUUUAUGGGAGUGGCUGCGGUGAAUAUCCCGUUGACCGAACUUGGACAGCUGGCUCAUCCAACCGAGAUCGGUGGCACCAGUUACUACUUCAUGCUCGAUUACAAUGGUUUCAUCAUGUUCCAUCCACAAUUGAGACCAAUUGACAUGAUCACGAAAUUGCACAAGCAAAACUACAACAAUAUGGAGCUGCUCGAGUUGGAAGUCGGCCAAAACUCAAUGGCAUUCGACUAUCCCCGUGACGUGUAUCAGUCGAUGCAACAAUCACAGCAACAACGACCAUAUUGUCAAGAAGGAAGCACAUAUUUGGAGUGUAUUCGACAAUUCAGACAUAAUAUGCACCAUCUCGUCCUCAACUGUGACAAUGGAAAACCGCCAACACUGGAUAUUUUAUUUGCUUCGGAUUUAGUGGAUCGAAUCUAUCCACAAACGAAUACUUACUAUUCGGAAUGCAUCAAAGGAUCCGAUUUCAUCCUUGGAUUGGCGAUUGCUAAAGGGGACGAUUAUCGAAUUCACCGUGAGACGCACAUGUACGAUUAUGGAAAAGUGCAGCUGGGAUGGAUUGAAAGCGGCAGUUGGCAUAUUCAUCCAACUUGGCGCUAUUGUCUUCUAAAUGACACCGAUGCUGGGAUUAGCAAGGAAGAAGCGUUCAGAGUCUAUCUCAAACAGAUGAUCAAGACCGGAAAAUUGCCAGAGCUCUGUAAACCGAGACAGUCUCUCGUCGAUCGCUUGAUAUUGGACUUGGAGGCGACUCAUCCACUCUACGCACGCUGGGAUGAUCAAAAUACUUUUAUGAGAGAAAAUCUCAUCCACCUCACCUUUUUCGCCACCCAAUCCGGCCUCAUUCGCUACUACAAUUUCACUCUGACUGAAUUCAAAUACGACGAAAAAGACUACAACAUGUGGAAUAUCAUCUCGAUGUCACAUGGGAAAAACUUGCGACCAGAAGAUUUGAAAUUUCAAGAACAAUACCAACACUUCAUCACGGAUAAUAAUCGAAAAUCGGUCGAUGAUCGAUACUUUCGAAGAUCGAUUCGACAAAAGGACAAAAUCGUCUUCGAUAUCAACAAUCAAACAAAGUUGUGGUAUCCAGUUGGUGAAACUCGAUCGGCGUACGGGAAUCUGGAGAAUGUGACGCUGCUUGGACAGGCGACCAAAGCCAUCUAUAAAGAAGAUGCCCUUUUGGGAGUGGCGGGAUUGGAGUUUGGAAUGGAUUGGCUCGUGAAUACAAUGACGAAUCAUGGAUGUCCACCAUCGGAUUGGCAACAUUGGUGUGUGCUACUGGAUGAGCACGGCUACGUCGUCUACAGUAAUGAUAACGCCACCUCGUAUAAGAAUGCCUAUGUUGACCUUCGUGGUGGUGACUCUCAUCUCGGUGUCUUUUUCGCACACAUCAAUCGCGUCGCUGAAAGGGCGAUGGAACUCUUAGUUCAUAAAGGAUUUUACAAAAAAUACAUCUAUUAUGAUCAUCAAGCAACAUGCGUGAGACCAAGGCCGUUGUCAAUGGCCAGCACGACAUUGAGGCCCUUCCGCUCGGCGUUCGUCUGGUUUAUGCGCACAAUGAAUCGUUUGUUCUUCUCGGCCAAAGAACUCUCACUUUUUCCUUUCUUCCAUUCAUUCAUUCGAGAUGCUGAAGCUUUCACCGCCUCGUUCCACACAGGUAAUGAGGGACAACCGUGCACAAAAGAGAGUCCAUUCUACUUUGCUGAAUUUGGAGCGAAUCACGAGGGAACCACAAAGGCCGGUGAUCUGGUUGAUGGAGGAAGAGCCGAGAAGCCGUGUAUCAGCACGAAAUGCGCUGUCAAAAUGCAAGCACAAUACGUGCCGAACACAAAUUUGAUCAUGGUUUGGGUGACGCAAACGAAAGACUCAAAGACAUGCUACGAUCCGUCACAAUGCCCAUUGAUUUCACCAAGUCCGGUUCCAUUCAUCUGGAAAAGCACCGAGCACAACACCACCGAGAGCAAAUGUCGACACGUUCGCUCUGAUCGACCGAAUCGACAGAAACGAUGUUUCGUGCACGAUUUCGACGAGAAGGGUUUUCCGUAUGGGCCACCACCACCGGAUGGGCCACCACCACCAGAUGGGCCACCACCACCGGAUGGGCCACCACCACCGGAUGGGCCACCACCACCGGAUGGGCCACCACCACCAGAUGGGCCACCACCACCGGAUGGGCCACCACCACCAGAUGGGCCACCACCACCCGAUGGGUCACCACUACCAGAUGGGUCACCACCACCAGAUGGGUCACCACCA